AUGGCCAUCAACGAUAUCUUCUCCCCGCCACCACUGCCCUGCCCGGACUCCCUCAAAAGUCCGCCUCCGUUCAAACCCCAUCCACUCCGCCAACUCCGCACUGGUAGAAUCCAACCCGCCUUCAACGUCCCUGAACUCACCUCCGCAAUCUACAAGGUCCCACUCCAUGGCCCCCAAGAAAUCACCAAAUCCGGCAUCCCCACCGACGAACAGGCCUUCAUUCCCCAUGGCACCACCGACAGAGCUCUUCUCCACUACAGCUCCUCUCACUAUCCUCUCUGGAAGUCCGAAUUGCCGCAAUCCGCACACCUUUUCAAUGCCGGCGCAUUCGGCGAAAACCUCGUCAGCGAUGGGCUAGAUGAGAAAGCCGUAUGCAUCGGUGAUAAGGUAUCUAUCGAGGAAGUUCUCCUUCAAGUCGCGGAACUGCGCGAACCAUGCUACAAGUUAAACCACCGAUUCGAGGUCAAAGACAUGGCGAAGAGGACACAGACGCUUUUCCGUACAGGGUGGUUAUACCGCGUUUUGAAAACCGGGCUUGUGGCUCCUGGAGAUACGAUCACUUUAGUUGAAAGGCUGCACCCAGAAUGGACUGUUGCCAGGGUCCAGUAUUAUCUUUAUCACGAGAGGGAUAAUGUGGAGAGGAUGAGGGAGAUUCUGGAGGUAAAAGAGUUGAGUGGAGCUAUCAAGAACGUAUUUCGGAAGAGAGUUGGGAAGGGAAGACAGGAGGAUCAAGACCAGAGGAUGCUUGGGGAUGCAGGCUUGGCCAUGAAUAAGUGGAACGGGUAUCGCAUUGCGGAGAAGAGGAAGGAGACUAGCAGAGGGGAUGCGAAUGAUGAUCCAAUUGUCGAGCCUGGGAGCCAUGUGCGGCUGAAACUGGGCGGAAAGCUAGUACGGGCAUACUCCGUCAUUGGGGGCACGACGAAACGUUUUGAGAUCGGCGUUGCGUUGGAAGCUAAAAGCCACGGAGGCUCUAAGUUCCUCCACGAAGAGGCGAAGGUUGGAGAUGUCCUGACAAUUAGUCGCAUUACCCCGAGUUUCCCACUUGCGAAAGACGCAGCCAAGCAUAUUAUCAUAGCGGGAGGUAUUGGUAUCACAGCAUUUCUGGCAGCUCUAAGAUAUCUGAGGGAAUCGAGACUAAGCUACGAGCUUCACUUUGCAGUCGCAGGAGAAGUUCCACUCGAGCGAUACAUCGCUUCUUCCCCUGAGCAGGUAAAAAUUUACAGCAAGUCGCAAGGACAGGGGUUGGAUUCAUCCAAAAUCAUAGCCCGCGCCGACCCCAAGACGCAUAUCUAUUGUUGUGGACCACAACGCCUUAUGGACGGCGUUCGAGACACAAGCAAGGAAUUCGACGUCCCCGAGUCUUCUGUUCACUUCGAGACAUUCGCGAUCAUGACUGGAGGCGACCCAUUUACAACUAAGCUUCGAGAGAGCAAGAAGACCGUCGAGGUUGAAAGCUCCCAGACGCUGUUAGAUGCGCUGAGAGAAGUGGGUAUGGACAUCAACAGCUCGUGUGAGGCUGGAAACUGCGGGACUUGUAGGGUUAGUGUAUGUAGUGGGAGAGUUGAGCAUAGAGGAACGGGAUUGCUGGAAAGGGAGAAGCAAUCGGUGAUGCUGAGUUGCGUAUCCAGGAGCAUAGGACCCAUUGUGUUAAAUUUGUAG